CCUUCACUGGAUUACUUUGUAAAGCUGAAGAAAAAUUAACAAUCUGCAAAAAAAUAGAAAAACAAAUAAUCUUUUGAAAGUACCUUCAUAGUUUGUGACUUGCUUACGUUAUGAAGUUUCUAGAUUGAAAUAAGCAGAAGAUCAAAAGUCACCAGUUUGUUUACAAACACGCUGGGGGCGGGGCUAUGUGACGUCAUGACGCAGUGGAGUAGGAACAUGGCGGCGGAUUACUGGGAGACGGAGCGACCCGAACCUCCUUCAGACUGAACCGAACCACGCAGAACCCGGGCCGGACCGGGUCCGCCUCUCACGGUGUAUCCAGGUGGACGGCUCCGCCCCCCGUCGGCGUCUCGCCCCCCCCUGCCGCCUGGACCCCCCCUCAUGGAGCGGAUCAGGAAGCUCAAACGGCAGCUGUCUGUCACUCUGGGGAGGGGCGGGGCCGGCGGCGGGGACCAGGCGCUGAACGACUCCAACACGCAGGAAGUGACGUCACACAGCGAUUCAGAGGUCCCGUCUCUUCGUUCCUCAGCAGCUCUGAAGGUCCGCGCCUCCUCGUCUUCGGUCCACUCGUUGCUGCAGUCCUACGGCGGCUCCAUGAGGAGGCCCCGUGGUCUUGGCCGCAGCCUGAGUUCCUACCUGAACCGGGCCACCAGACUCGAAAUAGUUCAUGAAGACGUCAAGAUGAACUCUGGUGGAGAAAGUGAUCCGCCUUCGUCUUCAGACGAUGUUCAGAGUCCAGUCCGAGUCCGACUGAGGAACAAGAAGAUCUCAACGGAGGACAUCAACAAGCGUCUGUCAUUGCCGGCAGAUAUUCGUCUUCCUGAUGAUUACCUGGAGAAGUUCAGCGUGAUUGGUCCGGCUCUGUUCGAGCAGCCAAUCAGCAGGCGGCUCCGCCGAGUGUCUCUAUCGGAGAUCGGGUUCGGGAAACUGGAGACGUACAUCAAACUGGACAAACUGGGAGAGGGGACCUACGCCACAGUGUACAAAGGUCGCAGCAAGCUAACCGACAACCUGGUUGCCCUGAAGGAGAUCCGCCUGGAACAUGAAGAGGGAGCUCCCUGCACGGCAAUCAGAGAAGUGUCUCUGCUGAAGGACCUGAAACACGCCAACAUCGUGACGCUUCAUGACAUCAUCCACACGCAGAAAUCCCUCACGCUGGUCUUUGAGUACCUGGACAAAGACCUGAAGCAAUACCUGGACGACUGUGGAAACGUCAUCCAUGUUCACAACGUCAAGCUGUUUCUCUUCCAGUUGCUCCGCGGUUUGUCCUACUGCCACCGGAGGAAAGUUCUCCACCGGGACCUGAAGCCCCAGAACCUGCUGAUCAACGAGCGAGGGGAGCUCAAGCUGGCUGACUUUGGUUUGGCCCGAGCCAAGUCCAUCCCAACAAAAACGUACUCCAAUGAGGUGGUGACGCUGUGGUACCGGCCGCCGGACAUCCUGCUGGGCAGCACCGACUACUCCACCCACAUCGACAUGUGGGGUGUUGGGUGUAUCUUCUAUGAGAUGGUGACGGGUCGCCCUCUCUUUCCUGGGUCUACGGUUGAGGAGGAGCUUCACUUCAUCUUCAAGCUGCUGGGAACGCCCAGAGAGCGCAGCUGGCCUGGAAUCGGUUCCAACCAGGAGUUCCUGGCUUUCAACUUCCCUCAGUACCGAGCCGAGAGGCUGAGCAACCACACCCCCAGGCUCAGCAGUGAAGGAGUGGAGCUGCUGUCAAAGUUCCUGCAGUUCGAAGGGAAGAAGAGGAUCUCUGCUGACGAGGCCAUGAAACAUUGCUACUUCAGUAACCUUGGAAACAGAGUGACAUCACUUCCUGACACGGUGUCCAUCUUCAGUCUGUCGGAGAUCCAGCUGGAGAAGGAGAGCGUGAGGCCGCCGGCAGCUCCUGAUCCAGCUACCAGCCCGACGCGGAGGCGGAGUCUGCUCUUCUGACACCUGAAGGAGGCGGAGCCAUCUGAAAGGGAAGUGACCACAGGAAGUGACAUUUUACUUUGAAGGAGCUGAGACUACUGAUGUGAAACAAAGAAAACACUUCAGAUUUCCGGAAUGUGAAGAAAACUUGUUUACAGAUGAUGCAAUAAUGAAUCACAGCAGCUACCGACCAAUCAGAGGGCAGCAUGUUUCACAAACAAACCAAUCAGCUUCCGUCUUCCAAGACUUAGAAUCCAAACAUGGUAGACCAGCAGCAUCACCUCCAUUUUAUGACAUCAUCAUGAUGAUGUCACACUGCAGCAGGCAGAAUGGGUCCCAACGUCCUGACAGGUGAUUCCAGGAACCAGUCACCUGGUUCCUGGAAUCACCAGUUAGUGUUAGCUCGUUAACUGCUAACGAGUUUCUGGCCUGUUACCACCAUGACCAGGUGUGUUUCACGUCUUCUCCUGGUUAAUACCAUUUCUGCUGGACGAAGCCAUCUGGACUCUUAUUGUGAAAGUUCUCGGCUGCUUCCUGUGUUGAUAUUUGUGUUAUAAUGAAACUCAGUGAUGAUAUUUACAGUAAACCAGCUGGAUUCCCCCAGGGGUAAAUAUUGAUGUGAUGGGGCAGAUAACGGGGCAGAUAGCAUGCUCUCCCUGUCCGGGUCUCUCUGGGUUCUCCUGCAUCUUGACUGUUAGUCGAUCUGAUGGUGUCGGCCGUCUGAGCAGAAGCUCUUCGUUUCCUGAUCCCAUCCUGUAGAGUUCAGGGGUCAGUGGGCGGGGCUUCCCAGGUGUCCAGAUGAUUUAGAAACCUGUUAGUGAUAUGUUUAUACUGAAGUAAUAAAUGGGUCGAGCUACCAAUAGAGAAAGAGCUCGUUAACCGCUAACGAGUUUUUGACUGAAACGUGUCGGUUUGUGAGGCGAGAAAGCAGAAAGCAGUGGAUGUUUCAAAAUAAAAGCAUUCCAUAGAGGAGCAGGUUGGACAAAGCUUUCUGUUGACCUCUGACCUGUGCAGGUCGUCUCUGAUUGGGAGUGGGGUUGGUUCCAGCCACGUUGUCUCCGUCUGACUGCUGAAUGUAACUCGGGCAGCUCCCUGAUCGGCCGAGCCGAGCGGCUGGUCUGCACACAGGAAGGUCGUUGUGCUGCGUUCAGGUCUGCUACUUAAACUAUCGUUGUUGUUUUUAAGCCAAAGUUCUCUGCAAUAUUCUGACCUGCAUGAUGACAUUCUUCCAGUGAACUUCAUGCUGUUAAAUUAGAAAUCUUCCAUCGGCUCUGAAAGCACUGAAGUGUUUGUUUUACUUGAAUGAAAACAGGAAGUGGAUGUUGUUGUAUUUAUCUGUCUGUACUCUGGAUAUAUAAACAGAACUGACAUUAAAGAUUUUAUUUAUUAUCAA